UUGCAGAUCGAGCGUCUCUCCGCUUGCGAGGUUGGUUGCCGUAGCGCACGUAGAUUGGAUUGAGGAACGUGGCCAGCACAAACUUGUGACGAUUUCUGUGUAUUGCGGACGAAAGUGCAUCGGAAGUGGAUCAACCGGAACAUAGCGAUUCCAGAGGUCGGUUAGUGAAUUACGCGGAUCAAUCCACGCACCGCGACGAGCCGCAAGCGAACGCAGAGGGAUGGCUGGAACAAUCUCGGACAUCAAGAAGUUGGAGUACGAUAUCUACAAAUACUCCAGCUAUUCAUCGUCCUACCUGCCCGAAAACAUCCGGGAAGAUAAUCCUUCUAAUCAAACAUCGCGCUGGUCAUCGAACACCAACACACCGCCCCAGUUUCUCAUCCUGAAGCUCGAACGGCCGGCAAUCGUGACGAGGAUCAAGUUCGGGAAAUAUGAGAAAACGCACGUUUGCAACUUGCGCAAGUUCCGAAUCCUCGGCGGGCUGGAGGAAGAACGCAUGGUGCUGCUGUUCGAAGGCGGGCUACGGAAUGACGCGGUGCCGGAAACGUUCAAUUUGAAGCAUCGCACCAACUCUGGCGAGCUCCUGCCGAUCAAGUUCGUACAGAUCGUGCCACUGCUGUCAUGGGGGCCGAGCUUCAACUUUUGCAUCUGGUACGUCGAGCUGCUGGGCAUCGAGGACUCGAUGUUCAUCCUGUCGAACCUGCGCAAGUACAACAUGCUACGGGAGGUCGAGAUCGUCCGGCUGUUCCUGAAGCACUGCCGCCAGCAGGGGUACUCGAAAACCUUCCGUGCCCUGCAGGAGGAAACGGGAGUGCGCCUGGAGGACGAGCAGAUGACGGAGCUGCACGAGAUUCUUGUAAAUAGAGGGGAUUUUAAGAAGACUGAAGAAAUGCUGAUGGAAUUUAUCGACAACGGCCUAAUGGAUCACUACCUCGCGAAGCAAGAGUACAAACCGCAGUGGAGCCUGCAGCUGACGCCGGAAAAGGAACCGAGACCGGGGCGGCGCGGAGGGCACCAGCUGGUGAUCGAUCAGACGAACAGCACGAUCUACCUGUACGGUGGCUGGGAUGGUAACGAGGAUCUCAGCGAUCUCUGGUCGUACGACGUCAAGUCGAACCGGUGGACGUUGAUCCACGAGCGCUCGGAGCUGCUCGACGGUCCGACUCCCCGCGCUUGCCACAAGAUGGUGUACGACACGAGAAACGGACAGAUUUUCAUGCUCGGGCGCUACCUGGACAGUGCGUCCCGGACGGAGGAGAACAUCAAUAGCGACUUUUACCUUUACAACACCAUCUCCCGGGAGUGGUACCGCAUUUCCAGCGAUACGAGCCAGGACGGGGGGCCGAAGCUGGUGUUCGACCACCAGAUGUGCAUCGACGUCGAUAAGCAGACGAUCUACGUGUUUGGCGGUCGCAUCCUGGAACCUAAUUACAGAAUUUCUUUAUCGUUUAGAAACGAGGAGGAAACGACAGGCAACUAUCGGUACUCGGGCCUGUUUUCGUACCACAUCAGCACCAACACCUGGACGCACAUUAUGGUGGACUGCGAUGAUCAGCUCGCUUCCAGCCCGCACGUGCACAGCAUUCGAUCGCGUGUGACACAUUCGAUGCUGUUCCAUCAUAAACAUCGCAAAUUGUACAUCUUUGGUGGGCAACGCGGCAAGGACUACAUGACGGACUUCCUCAUCUACGAUGUAGACACCAACGAGCUGUCCAACAUGACGCCGGAGAAUAACAAUACCGACACGAAGAACGUACCGCAGUCGGGAUUCACGCAGCGCGCAACGAUCGACAGCGAAAAGGACGAGAUUUACGUUUUGACGGUAGGAGCCGAUUGUAGCCUCAGCAAGGAGAAGGAGCGCCGCGAUCUGAACAUAAACUCGUUCUGGCUGUUCUCGUUGGCCAAGAAGGAGUGGUGCUGCGUGUACAAGAGUGAACACUCGAACGGGGAAAACUGCUACCAGAAGAGCAGCCAGCACGCCUGCCAUGAGCCAUGCCCGCGGUAUGCGCACCAGAUCGUGUACGAUGGCGUGAACCAGGUGCACUUCCUGUUCGGCGGUAACCCGGGUACGAACUCCAACGUGCGGCUGGACGAUUUCUGGGUGCUGCGGUUGGAGAAACCGAAUCGUGCGAACAUCCUGCGCUACUGCAAGUACCUGUUGCGCAAGCAGGAGUACGAGGAGAUUACGAAAAAUGACCCGCUAGCGGCGAUACUGUACCUGCAAACGAAGUUGUACGACAUUAUUGACCACAGCGAUCCGGUACAGCUGAAGGAGUUCCACAAGCUGGCAUCGCUACUGUUCAAAUCGGACACGGUCGAUGGUGAAACGGAACCGACCAGCCUGCUAACUUGUUCUCUAAGUGGUGGCGCUGGCGCUGGCAGUGUAGGAUCUUCCGUUGGUGCUGGUGUUUCUGCCCCGGCCGUUGGUAGUGGUACGGUCACAACGGCAGGAGUCGGUGGUGGUGGUGGCAGCAAGCACAAACAACAACGUAGUGACGACGAUCGGCAGAAGGAGGAAGAAAACAUGGCCAAAGUGAUGCGCGUGGAGUCACCGAAGAGUCUCGCAGAUGAAGCGGACACUUCCAGCAUCAGCUCGAUGAGCAGCAGUGACUGUUCGAACUCGCAAGGACCAGGAACUUCGGCCGCCCAGAGAUUGGCCGCGGGAACAACGGCUACGGAUGGUGCUGGAUCGUCGCCUGCCGUGUCCGUCAAUCCCACAGCGUCCUCCAAGGCGACAAGCAGCACGGUGGACGAUGCCGGUGCCACAUCGUCUACUUCCCGCUCCGGUAAUAGCGCACGCAAUCGAUCGGUCGAUCAGCAGUUUGAGAUGAAAAUAAGGCGCUGUCUGCUGUUCAACAAACUCGUCGACUUGAUGCCGGAAGCUCUAUGUCAACCGAAGAAAAAUAUCAGCGAUUUUGUACUGCUGUAGUAGUGGCGAAACUCUUGACAAGGAUUUGAUUUUGAUUUGUUUCCCCGUCAUUCUGUGUCACACAAAUGCUCCGCGAAUCCUGCCAACCUCUCUCCCAAGUGAAUGUAAAGGGAUUAAAUUGUGUAAAGUUAUUAGUUGUAAGCGGAAAAAGGCACAUCCGGUUCAGAAAGCUUGCAUCACCUACCCGUGCACACAAGUCACCGUCAAACCGUACCGGUUUAUUACGUAUCGUUCUUUUUCGUCAACUCUUAUGUGAUAAUUGCAGUACCGUAGAACAAAACCCUAAUAAGUAAUGAUCAAAAAGCAUAGCUUUCUGAACGUGUUACGGCGUGUUGUGUAGGCUGAUGUAGAAAGUUUGUGUGUUUAGCCAGUAAUAAUUUCACCAUUUGACUUCACUUCUGACGAUACUCUGUUGUACGCGCGAACGCUCUGAAGAAUUGUUUUAUUGUUUUAAACUCAGAUUUGUUUUACACCUUUCAAACCCUUCCGUGUGGGCAAUCAAUGCAUCUAUCCCGUCGAAUGAUGAUAGCUGGUGUGGGCAACCCCCAUGGGUAUCGCCUAGCAUUCACAUUUAUGUUUACUCGAAACUGUAUCACUUGAGACGCAACUUUUGAAUGUUCUUUUUUGUUAUCACUUUACAAAUGUAAAAUAAAAAUUGUCUUCAAUUAA